GCUCAUCCCGCUCCCGACCCGACCCGAUUCCCUCCCGACUCCCUCCUGGCUGUCUGCAUGACCUCGCCUCUCGAACCACAGAUGGCUCACUUUCCCGUCUCGCAUUUCGUAGUCUCGGAUGUAGGGUUUGCUCCGGGCCUCGACCUUCGCCUGAGCGCCGUGUCUUUCUGUCCGCUGAUCGAUAGCUGGUCGUUUCGUCGGGCUGAGCCGAGUUGUAGGCAGAUCGGGCCAGUCUUGCAAUUCCUUGGUCGUUUUGGUAACGGAUUGCGUUUCAGGACCCAACCUGACAGGAUUUUCCGUUCCGUCAGCAGCUGGAACCGUCCGUCCACCCUGACUGAAGCUCGCCAUGAGCCACCAGGAACGAGGACGUUUCCACGAAUCAGCCAAACAACCUGCGCAUUUCGACGGCUCCCAAUGCCCUGCGGUGACAGCUGUCAGCGCGCCACUGGCUGGUUGUAAGAAUCAGGCCGCCAAUGACAGCGGUAUUGAAGACGUUGUUGCUGGCCCUGGUGUUGUUUUUGCUGCUGCCGCCGCUGGCGCUUCAGUGGGCUCUCUUGGCAGUACUUCCACGGUAGUUGCUGCUCCUGCUGCUGCCGCUGCCACUGCUGAUGCCACCGCUGCCGCCUCCGCUGCUGCUGCUGCUGCUGCUGCUGCUGCUGCAACAGCAUUUGAUACAUCAGCUGAAGCAACAGCUGAUGUGGCAGCCAAAUCAAGAGCUAAUACAACAGCCAUUGUGGUUGUUGACAUGGCACCUGCUGCAGGGAUUGACACUGCAGCCGAAGCAACAGAUGGUGUGGCGGCUGAACCACGAGUUGAUACAGCAGCCUUAGUUGCGCUUGCGGCAGCACUUGCAGCAACUGACACCGCAGCGGAAGCAGCAGCUGACAUGGCAGCAGAAUCAGGAGCUGAUGCAGCAGCCGAAGUGACUGCUGACGUGGCGAUCAAAUCAGCAAUUGAGACAGCAGCCGUAGUGGCUGUCGGGGCGACACCUGCUGUGACUGACACUGCUGAAGCAACAGCUGACAUAGCAGCAGAGGCAAGAGCUGACACAGCAGUUGAAAUGGUUGUCGAGACGACACCUGCAAUCCUUGACACGUCAGCUGAAGCAACAGCUGAUGUGGCAGCCGGGUCAGCAAUUGAUACAGCAGCUGAACUGGCCGUUGAGGCGACUCCUGCAGGGGUUGCUACUGCAGCUGAUGCAGAGGCGGACAUGGCAGGCGAGUCAAGAGGUGAUACAGCAGCGGAAGUGGCUGAUGAGGGGUGUAUCUCCAUUGCUACACCUGCAGCAAUGGACACCGCAGCGGCAGCAACAGCUGAGGUGGCAGCCGCAUCAGCAAGAGACACAGCGACUGAAGUGGCCGUUGGGGCGUCACCUGCAGGGGUUGCCUCCACAGCUGAAGCAGAAGCAGACAAGAGGAGCCGCAAGCUGAGGAAAAAAAAGCGACUGGCCGAUGACAUGGCAGGAGAGGAAUAUUUCUUCCUGCCCAGGAAAAAGCCAACCAGACGGCCGAAGAAACCCGUCCCCGAACCACUUUCCGAACCUGCAACCGAGCCUGCUGGUGAACCUGCUACUGAGCCUGUGACAGAACCUGGUUCUGGACUCGCUAUAAAGCCUGAACAUGUGCUUCUAUCGAGAUUGGCUAAAGAAGCAGGGCGUGUAAGAGCGGUAGUGGAUUCGGAGCCAGUGAAGGAGGCUGUAUCUAGGGAAGAAUCAGGAACGCAUCUAUGGGCAUCUGUUGAGGGCAGUGUGCGUCUGCAGCUACAGGAGCUGCCACUGCCACUGCAGCAGCAGCAACUGCAGCCGCAGCAGCAGCAGAAACAACAGCUGCUGCAACAACAUCAGCAGCAGCAGCAGCAGAAGCAGAAGCAGCAGCAGCACCGCCACCAUCAGAAGCAGCAGCAGCACCAUCAGGACCAUCAGCACCAUCAGCACCAUCAGCACCAUCAGCACCAUCAGCACCAUCAGGACCAUCAGCAGGCAUGGCCUCAAAAGCUGAGCCUGACACAGCCAGAUAUACCUUGGGAUCUCCAGGAGAGCAAGCCGACCAAUAGAAACGUGCCACUUGGUGCAUCGGGGACCGGUGAUGAGAGACGAUUUGACUCCGAUGCUUCCUUAACACUAGGGGUACAUGUGGCGGCUUGUACCGAAGGGGCUUAUAAGGAGGGGACGCUGAAAGGGGGUUUUUUAAACGAGGAGGGUAAUGGGUUGUUCCAAGAAUCGAGGGAAGGGGUGGAGGUGGUGGGGGGUAGACUUAGUACUGGAACAACGGGUGCUGAGGAGGGGGGUGGUGAAGAGAAAGUGAAGAAGUCAGCUUGUGUUGGUGCCUUUCCUCACUUGGAGCAUCAUUGCUCGUCUGGGAUCGCGGGCAGCGAAGGCAGCGAGGGGAAAGGGAGUGAGGGGGGGAAAGGGGGGGGAGAUUGUACAGUGGCCAAAGAAAAGGCAGGAGGCAGAACGAAGGCAGGAGGCAGAACGAAGGCAGGAGGCAAAGCAAGGCUAGGAGGCAAAGAAAAGGCAGGAGGCAGAACGAAGGCAGGAGGCAAAGAAAAGGAAGGAGGGAGGGCGAAAGGCGGAAGCUUGGUGGAAGAGGAUGGUAGAAAGGGCAAGCCCAAGGGUGUACGGGUCCCCAAGGCACCGAAAAAGCAUGAGGAUGCAGGGGGGGGUGCAUCAGGUGGGGGGGUGACGAAGGUCAAGGUCAAGGUCAAGGGAAAGGGACAGGGGGGAAAGAAGAGAGGGAUUGCAGCGGUCCUGGGUGAUGCGGUUGGAUCUGGUGCUUCUGCUGCAGGUGCUUCUGGUGCAGGUGCUUCUGGUGCAGGUGCUUCUGGUGCAGGUGCUUCUGGUGCAGGUGCUUCUGGUGCAGGUGCUUCUGGUGCAGGUGCUUCUGGUGCAGGUGCUUCUGGUGCAGGUGCUUCUGGUGCAGGUGCUUCUGGUGCAGGUGCUUCUGCUGCAGGUGGCUUGGUGGUUGGGGCCUAUACCGUGGAUGGUUCUGGUGCAGGUGCUUCUGGGGCAGGCGGUUCUGGUGCAGGUGGCUCUAAUGCAGCUUCUUCUGGCAGGAAGAGACCACGAGAGGAGGUGGGUGGGGAGGAGGCGCAGAGAGAGGGGGGAGAAGGGGAGGAAUUGGGUGGCCAAGGAGCAGAAUGGAAGGAGUUGGAAGGGGAGGUAAGUGAAGAGAAUGGGCCACAUAAGAAGGAGCUGGAAGGGGGGGAGGAGCAAGGGAGGGUGGGUGACUUAGGGGAGGAGGGGGACAUGCCAGGGCAUAGGCCUACUUCGUUAGGGAACCUACUAGGGCUGGAGAAGUGUUCUAGUGGUAAAUUGCCUGGCACACCUUUAGGUGAGACAGAGGGCACGAUCGUGGCGGGAAGACCAGCAGGUAACGGGACAGGGAAAGCGAGAGGGACUGCCAAAGGCGGUGGCACAGGCAAAGCAGCGAGCAGAGGGAAGGAAGGUGUUAUCUGUGCAGGCCAGCGAUCAGGGAAAUCUGGUGGCAGGGUAGCUGGUAGAGCUGCUGGUAAAGCACCUGGGAAAUCUCCUGGCGGCAAGGCACCUGCUGGGGUAGCUGCUGACAAAGCACCAGCAGAAAAACUGCCUGGCAAACGGAUGGGAGUUUCAGCAGCCAACCCGCCAAGCAAGGCUCAACGGAAAACUCCAGGCAAAUCAUCCGUCAAAAAAGCAACAGCACCCCGGGGUCCUCCCCCUCCUCCCCCUCCGCCCCCACCUCCCCCUCCUCCACCUCUACCCAAACCGUGCUUCGACUUCCUCCUCCCCGAAAUCAGCAUAGGGGAUCUGAUCGCUGUGUGGGACGUGUGCUGCCGCUUCUCCCACGCCCUCCGCCUCUCGCCCUUCUCCCUCUCCUCGCUCGAGCUCUCCCUUGCGUUCCAAGAUGGGGAUGGGGAUGGGGGGGGAGGGACGGGUCAGAAGCCACGGGAACCAUCCCUGGCGUUUCGUGAUGGGGACGGGAAUGGGGGGGAAGGGGUGGCGCAGAUUCCUAAGGAGCUCUCCCUGGCGUUCCAAGACGGGGAUGGGGGGGGAGAGAUGGCUCAGAAGCCAGUAGAACACCGCCUUUCCCCUGCUGUUUGCGAUGGGGAUGGUGGGGGGGGGAGAUGGUGCAUACUCCACUCGAGCUCUCCCGUUGCAUAACCCAACAUGGGGAUGGGGGGGGAGAGACGGGUCAGAGGCCAAUGGAACGCCGCCUUUCCCCUGCAGUUUGUGACGAGGAUGGGGGAGGAGAGACGGGUCAGAAGCCAAUUGAGCACUCCAUUGCUGUUUGUGA